CCUUGCCCCUCCCCCCCCCACAUACACACGCAUACACACGCACCGCCCUCGCCCUCGAUCGCCCCCUUCUUCUUCCCCCCCCUUCUCGGCUUGCUUCGUCCCGUGUGAUGCUCCCGGCCAUGAGUUCGAGCGCCGCCGCUGUUACCACUCAGGCCACCCGCGUCGGCGGCGAGCAGCCGCCCAGCGCUCCAACCACCAACGUAGACCCAAUCAACACCAGCACAUCUUCCACCGCCUCUGAUGGCGAGCUCUACGUGUCGAUCGCACGUGUGCUGGCGCGCCACCUGUCUCCCGACCUGAAGCCUGUGACCUUCAACCAUCACCAAAGCUUCUAUGACACCAUGGUGGCCCAUCGCGGGGUAAUUGCCGCGGUGGUGGUCACCUUGAUGGCGAAACUCAUCAGCCUCGGUGGUCUGGCGGACUCCUGGCGCGACCCCAGCGACCUUGUGGCCUUCAUCAUGAAUGAGCGAGCUCCCUCGGCGGUCACCUCCUUCUCGAUCAAUGGCGACAUGCCCGGUUCGCCGGACGCCCUGCCCGGCACAUCGAACUACAUCUCCCCCCCUCGGCAUGACCUGCCCUGGAUUAGUCACCUGCGCCAGCGCCUGAUCCAUACUUUCUACUUCGUGACCCUGAACUAUGGCUCCUCACUACGUGACCACGGUGUCCUGACGGCCGCGCGGCUCUGGCGCGACGAGCUCCAGUCCUCGGAGUCCGCCUCCGGCCCGUCACCCGGAGCUCUACACACUGAUCCUUUCAUGGGCCGCACUUUCUGCAACAUCCUGAUUGCCAAUGACUUCUUCGAGCACAUCUCCCACCUCCGGCACUUGGCUCUCCGGCAGAUGGCCUUCAACGAGUAUCGCUUGUCCCUGGCGGACGGCUACAACACCGGUGGCUUCCUGUCAUCUCUCUCCGGCCUUGAGAGCCGACUGAUGGGAGAGACCGCCCUGGGCUCGGUCCUGAUGAAGAACAUCCACGUGCGCGAGGUGCUGCUGACCUUCAUGAAGCUGCUGACGCGGUUGCGGGCCAUUGAGCAAGACCGCGCCGCGGCCGGCUCCACCUCGCCCCAGGGCGUGGACUCCAGCGACGAGCAUGCCUUCCUGCUGAUGCUUCUCAUGCGCGAGAGUGUCGAAGCGUCGGAUCACCUCCCGCCGGCUCUGCUCGGGGCCAUUUGCGACCACCUGCGGCCCUUCACGGUGGUCCCGCGGCCGGCCAGCACUGUGGCUUUGGGCCUGAUCCGCAUGUGCCGGCGGCGGCUGGCCAAGCCACUUCUCUGGCGAGCGGCCGAGUUCCUUGAGCGGCAUCCGGAAUUGCUGCCUGCGUCGCGCACUUCGCGUUCGGUCCAUGUGCUGACCGCGCCCGGGUCAGCUUCUGCGCAUGUGCUGCGCUUCUACCUGGCCGCGCGGCAGAUCCCCUUCGACCCGGAGCCGCGGCUGUACUUCCUCUAUCUCUGCUUCCGGACCAUCCUCGGUGUGGAGACAUGUCCCCGGCUGGAUCGGUACAGCCCGGCCCACGUCAAUGCCUACUUCAGUGCGGCGACGCAGAUCGUGGCGACCUUCGCGCCGCCAUCGGCCAGCGCCGCCGGGUCCGGGGUCGGGUCCGGGACCCCCGGAUCGCCGACAUCCGGUCGCGGGGCCCGGUCCCAUGCGGCCCCCGAGUACAAUGGCGAGAAGAUCACCCGGCUCUUUGAUGUGUUGUACCAGAAGAUCUUGGCCACCCGGCCGGCCCUGGUUCCGGGCGAGACGGAGGACGACUAUGCCGACAUCGACCUGGAUAGUCUGCUUUCCUGCUUCUCCGACUACCAUACACUUGAGCUGCACGAGGUGGAGCCCGGGGCCUUCACGCCGAUUGGCGGGAAGCCCGGCUUCGGGCCGGCCUCGGUGCCCUCGCCCUCGGCCGAGGGUUCACAGAUGGCCACUUCCGGAGCAUACUCGGCGCUGGAGCGGAUCCUCGAGCGGCACCUGCCAGAUGCGGCGGCUGCCAACGCCACGUCGCUGCAAUCGACGGCCAAGCCCUCGGCGGCCAAUGCUGCCGGUGCUUCGAGUGCCGGGGCCUCUUCCGGCACCCCCGCCACCGGUGGCACCACCGGCGGUGCUUCAAACUCCACCGCCCCCGGCGAGGCCCCGGCUCGCAGUGUGUUCCGCGUGCGUGUGGCCAUCGCUGGCGGCGAUUCCAUGGUGCAGGCCGUGCUGCUGGCAUACGCUCGCCUGCAUGUGGCCCGGCCGGAUCUGCUGGCGCGUGUCGCCCCCGUCUUCUACAUCGUGCCGAUUGGCCGGUCCUUGAAGUUCGCCCAUGCCAUCUCCCUGUAUGAUCCCUUCUAUGGGCGAUACCUUUUGCACCCCCUUCGGUCGGCCCUCUCGGUCCUGCCGGCGGUUGACGAUCCGGAGGUAUGCAGUCGCCAUGGCCGGUCGGACCUCAUCGGCGACCUUGAUGCGGUCUUGUCACUGCGGUCCUUGAAUGCCGUCACGGACAUGGGUGGCUACUUUGACGCGUCGCGCAAUGCGGUCAUGUCGCCGAUUGCCUAUACCCGGUCCCUGCUGGACCAGCACUUCCGGACAGCCACCUCCACGAUGCAUUGGAAGGUCUUCCAAGUGCAGUACUGGCAGAAGGCACGCGACAGCAAGGAGGACUUCUCCGGCGGCGUGGUCAUCCCCUUCAUGGGAUCGGUCGAGGUGGGCAGCCAUGUGUCGACGGCGGUGGCCUUCGCCUCGGAGGUGACCUCGUCGCUGGGCAUGCCGGGCAGCGACCCCGGCGCCUUCGCCGGGGGUGACGGAUCGCUGGCCGGGGCCGAGCGCCCGGCCCAGACCACCUCGCCGGCGGUGCUCGGCCAGCUGACCACCGCCUUUGGGGCAUUUGUCACGACAAACUUCACUCAGCCGGCGGCCAGCCUUUGUGCCGGUGGUUUGUCCGUGUCGCGCUUGCGUCGGGCACGCAUUUCCUCGGCCACCGGGGCCGGGGCCACGAGCGCCCUCUCGGCUACCGGGGCCGGGGCCGGGGCCGGGGCCGGGGCAGGCUCCGGGGCAGGCUCCGGGUCCGGGUCCAGCUCCGGGUCCGGCCCCUCUGCCUCGGUUAUCCGGCAGCUGAAGCACACGGCGCCGGAGCUGGCCAUCUCCUACACGGACCUCUCGGUGGGCGGUGGCUUUGGAAUGCGCCGGACCCUUCCUUCUCGGUCGUACCACUCGGUCCAGGUCAGCAGUUUGCCCCGGACAGCCGAUCAUGGGCACCUGGUGCACCCUUUCUCCGAUUGUGUGGAGCUGUACAUGUUCGAGGCGGACCCGUCUCGUCGCUCGCGCAACAAGGUCACCCAGGCCACGGCUCUGGCGGUGUCUCAACUCCAGCCGGCCCCUGCCCCGCUGGCCUUCCCCCAGCUGUUGGACUUGUCAUCAUCGCAGGCGGUCGUGCUCGAUUCGAAUCUCCUUUCCUCGCCGGCCGGAGUGCCCGUGGGCCCGGGCGCCGCGGCGCUCCCGGCCUCGGGUCAGUCGGCCGAUUCCGGCACCCCCGGCGGGGGUACCAGCCCUCUGCCGCGGGAUCUGGCCGACAGCUUGGCCCCGGUGGUGGGGGCAUCGCUUCGGCAGUCGACGGCUGGCUGGCUGACCGAUCAGGCCGAGGAGGGGCACUCCUUCCAUGUGAGCAAUGCCACGGUGGAGACGGCCAACGGGCGUCCUUUCGAUUUGGUGGUCGACGGCCGUCUGAUCGAGGGGGUGUUUGCCUUCCGUAUUUUGCCCAUGCGCCUGAGCGCGCAAAGUGCCGAUGGCAGUGGUGGCAGCCACAUCACCUUCCCCGUUCAGGCCACGGUGUCGAUGGACUCGCUGUUCUGA